AUGGAUCCGAUGUAUUUAGCUUUGAGUUUAUUUCGGAGAAAAAAGUACGAUAAAUGUGCGGAAGUUUGUACGGAAAUUUUGGAUAAGCAGCCGUUGGAUCAAGCGGCUUGGUGUUUGAAGAUGAGGGCGCUAACGCAGAGGGUGUAUGUGGAUGAUAUCGAAAGUGAAGAACUUAUAGAAGGGGAUUUCUUGGAUGAUAAUGCUGUUGCUACGGCUCCUAGGCCCGGAACUUCGAUUAAGACGGCAAUUGCCACUACAGCUGCGGCAAGUUCUAGACCUCGAACUUCCACCGGCCGUCCAAUUUCAGGAGUUGCCCGCCCAGGUACCCAAAUGCGCCCCGGCUCCGCCCUCGAUCGCCUAAAGACCGCCCGCCCCAUCACCGGCCAAUCAGCUCGCGCCAUCCGCUUAGGCACCGCCGCUAUGUACUCCCACAAGGAGGGUCCCUUCAUCCAAGUAUCCCGCCUCAACAUCGCCAAGUACGCCAAAAACCAAAACCUCAACAAACCCCUCUUCGAGUACCUAUUCUACCACGAAGGCGACGUUCGCAACGCCAUGGAGCUCGCAGUGCAAGCCACGCAAUCCUGCGAUUUUCAAGAUUGGUGGUGGAAGGUUCAACUAUCUAAAUGUUACAUAGUUUUGAAUUUGAUUAGAGAUGCCGAACAACAAAUGCGAAGUGCUCUAAAACAACACUACCACGUCGAGACUUUCAUCAGGCUGACUAGAAUUUACCUGCGAUUGGACCAACCUCUUUCCGCCGUGGAAAUAUGCAGAGCCGGUCUUGAGAUUUUUCCCAAUGAUGUUUCAAUCAUGACUGAACUGGCAAGGCUUUAUGAAACCUUAAACGAGACGACGUCUUCGGUUAGGUAUUACAGGAGCAUUGUGAUCGAAGAUGCGAUGAAUACUGAGGCGAUUGCGUGUAUAGGAAUGUAUCACUUUUACAAUAAUCAACCAGAAUUGGCAUUACGAUAUUACAGGCGUGUGCUGGCAAUGGGGGCCCAUUCAGCGGAAUUGUACAACAAUUUAGGGCUCUGCUGUUUGUACUCCCAGCAGCUGGACUUAACUCUGGCGUGUUUCCAUCGGGCCCUCGACCUAGCCAUCGAUCCUCUCAUCAAAGCCGAUGUGUGGUAUAAUUUGUCCCAUUUGGCUUUAGCAGCCGGUGAUUUGGAGCUGGCUCUGCAAUGUCUCAACUUAUGUUUAUCCUCCGAUUCAACGCACGCUUCUGCGUUCAAUAAUUUAGCAGUUUUGCAUCACAAGAUGGGCAGAACAAAUCUAGCAAAAGCCUAUUUUACGUCCGCUAAAGGCUUAGAACCAAAUUUAUACGAGCCAGGGGUUAAUUUGGAAUUCUUACAAAACCCUUGAAUUAUUCACACUGUUACAUUGUUUUCUAUUAAAUAUAAUGCGGUUGAGCUUGUUUA